AUGUAUUGUCUUGAUUGAUGAAUAUGAUCAUCCUCUUGAUAUUGCACAUCACCAUGGGUAUUAUAAAGAAGCUUGUAGCUUCUUUGCUACUAUACUUGGAAUGCUUCUCAAGGAUAACAAUGAAAAUUUAGAGAAAGCCCUCCUUGCUGGCAUAUCUUGUGUUGCUAAAUCGGGAUUCUUGUCAGGGCUUAACAAUGUGAAGGUGUUUCCGAUGCAUGAAGAAAAGUAUGCAGACAAAUUCAGAUUUACAGAGGAUGAGGAUUCUCUUAUUAUUCAAUAUCACAACCUGGAAACCCAUCUGAAAGAAGUCAAACAAUGGUAUGGUGGCUAUGAGGCAGGAAAUUGUAUUCAUAUCUAUAAUCCCUGGUCAAUCAAUUCUUUUGUUAUUAAAAAGGUUUUUGAGCCGUACUGGAUCAAUACAGGUGGCAUGGUAAUAAUCAAAAAAUUACUUUGGCGUUCAUCUGAAAAAGUUCAAGACCAGGUAGCAGAAUUGCUUUUGAAGGGUGCAAUUAAGGUAUUGCAAAUUCCAAAUAAAGAGGUAGAAAUGGAAUGGCAGGACUGGCUGCAAGUGAAGUGUCCGUACACAGUGAACUCCCUGCUGGAUAUGUUAUUACAAGGCGAUCUUAAAAAUUUCAAAGUAUAUCUUCCAAAAAUAGUCAUGGAGAUUCUUUCCUGCUUUGAUGUUGCUGACAAUCAAGCAGAGUUUGGAUAUCACCUUUUCAUGAUCGGCUUGCUCUCUCAGGUACAAUUUCAUGGCUAUAGGUUAAUGUCAAACAAAGAGGAAGGUUUGGGACGUUUCGACUUGAAAAUCGAACCAGUGGGAAAUAAUGUAGAGUUUGAAACAUCAAUAAUUAUGGAGUUCAAAGCCAAUUCUAAGGAGGGAUUAGCACAGAUAUUAGAGAAAAAAUACCAUUCUGGUAUUCCCACAAGAUCUACAAAAUUAGUGGAGUGUGGAAUCGCUUUUCAAGGAAAGCAGGCAUGUGUGUCGAGUAGAGUUCUUCACAAGGAGGGAUAUUUAAAUGAAGACAAGGAAAAUAACCCUGAAGAAAGGUGCCAAAAUACUGGUCAGGCUGAAAUGAAACAGCAAAACAAAUUUAAUAAAUCCAAACAAUUAAGUCAAGAACAAACAACUUGUUACUUAUCGUACUUGCUUCUUAACUGUUUAAAAACGUCAUCUUGUUCAAUCACUAAUCUUGAUGCGAAAAAAUUGAAAACAACUGCCAAAGGAGAUUUUAGUUGGCUUUCUCAAUAUAUUAUAGAUGCUCUUGGUAUUUCUGACAGAGAAAAAUUAAACAACCACAAAAAACAAAAAGAAAUUUCAAAUAUGAAAAAGGAUGAUGAUGAUGUAUUAUUAGGUGGAUUGAAUAGCAAGAAUAACAUUAAUGAAGAAAUCUCUAAGGAUUUAUUACUUGAAAAAAAUUAUGAAAAAAAAAGGUUAAAAAAAAAGAAUAUUUUAAAACCAAUUAAUCAAGCACUUAAAUGA